AUGUAAGAUGGCGCCCAGGGAGCUGUGAGGGGAAAAUCCUGUCGGUCUUGGAGCGGCGACGGCAGAACCGGGGCCCCGAGCGGUGCGGCGGGGCCGGCGGGUAGAACGGCGGCGGCGGCGGCGGCGGCGACGUCGCCGGGAACCCUAAGGACUCUGCAAUAUGAAUAAUUCUCUGGAGAACACCAUCUCCUUUGAAGAGUACAUCAGAGUGAAGGCGCGGUCUGUCCCGCAACACAGGAUGAAGGAAUUUCUGGACUCGCUAGCCUCUAAGGGGCCAGAAGCCCUUCAGGAGUUCCAGCAGACGGCCACCACUACCAUGGUGUACCAACAGGGUGGGAACUGCAUUUACACAGACAGCACUGAAGUGGCCGGGUCUUUGCUUGAACUUGCCUGUCCAGUCACCGCCAGUGUUCAGCCACAAACCCAGCAAGAACAGCAGAUCCAGGUUCAACAGCCACAGCAGGUUCAGGUACAGGUGCAGGUACAGCAGUCUCCGCAGCAGGUCUCGGCUCAGCAGCUCUCCCCGCAGCUCACCGUUCACCAGCCUGCUGAGCAGCCCAUCCAUGUGCAGGUGCAGAUCCAAGGCCAAGCAGCACAGCCGACAGCCCCCUCCAUCCAGACCCCAUCUCUGCAGAGCCCCAGCCCUUCGCAGCUGCAGGCGGCCCAGAUCCAGGUGCAGCACAUGCAGGCGGCCCAGCAGAUCCAGGCUGCAGAGAUCCCAGAGGAGCACAUCCCACAUCAACAGAUCCAGGCUCAGCUGGUGGCUGGCCAGUCUCUUGCUGGGGGUCAGCAGAUCCAAAUCCAGACUGUGGGUGCCCUUUCCCCACCACCGUCCCAGCAGGGCUCACCUCGGGAAGGGGAGCGGCGGGUUGGCACGGCCAGUGUCCUCCAGCCAGUGAAGAAGCGCAAAGUGGACAUGCCCAUCACUGUGUCCUACGCCAUCUCAGGGCAGCCGGUGGCCACCGUGCUGGCCAUUCCACAGGGCCAGCAGCAGAGUUAUGUGUCUUUGAGGCCCGACUUACUAACAGUAGACAGUGCCCACCUGUACAGUGCCACUGGGACCAUUACUAGCCCUACAGGAGAAACUUGGACCAUACCUGUUUACUCUGCCCAGCCCCGGGGGGACCCUCAGCAGCAGAGCAUUACUCACAUUGCCAUUCCCCAGGAAGCCUACAACGCAGUUCACGUCAGUGGCUCACCCACAGCCCUGGCAGCUGUAAAGCUGGAGGAUGACAAGGAGAAGAUGGUGGGCACCACGUCUGUAGUGAAAAACUCCCAUGAAGAGGUAGUGCAGACCCUUGCAAACUCUCUCUUUCCAGCACAGUUCAUGAAUGGCAACAUCCACAUUCCAGUGGCUGUGCAGGCCGUGGCAGGCACAUACCAGAAUACAGCUCAGACUGUCCAUAUAUGGGACCCUCAGCAGCAGCCACAACAACAAACACCCCAGGAACAGACGCCACCGCCACCACAGCAGCAGCAGCAGCAGCAGCUCCAGGUUACUUGUUCAGCUCAAACUGUCCAAGUUGCUGAAGUUGAACCACAGUCACAGGCACAGCCUUCCCCAGAACUUCUGCUUCCAAAUUCUCUGAAGCCAGAAGAAGGGCUUGAAGUAUGGAAAAACUGGGCACAGACCAAGAACGCUGAGCUAGAGAAGGAUGCUCAGAACAGACUGGCACCCAUUGGGAGGCGUCAAUUGCUGCGAUUCCAGGAAGAUCUCAUCUCUUCUGCUGUGGCCGAGUUGAAUUAUGGGCUCUGUCUAAUGACACGGGAAGCUCGAAAUGGAGAAGGUGAACCCUAUGACCCAGAUGUGCUGUACUAUAUUUUCCUGUGUAUUCAAAAGUAUCUUUUUGAAAAUGGACGGGUUGAUGACAUUUUCUCCGAUCUUUAUUAUGUUCGAUUCACGGAGUGGCUGCAUGAAGUUCUGAAGGACGUUCAGCCCCGAGUCACUCCACUUGGCUAUGUCCUGCCCAGCCACGUGACUGAGGAGAUGCUGUGGGAGUGCAAGCAGCUCGGCGCUCACUCCCCUUCCACCCUGCUGACCACCCUCAUGUUCUUUAACACCAAAUACUUCCUGUUGAAGACAGUGGACCAGCACAUGAAGCUGGCCUUCUCCAAGGUCUUACGACAGACAAAGAAGAACCCCUCUAACCCUAAGGAUAAAAGCACGAGUAUUCGGUACCUGAAGGCACUUGGGAUACACCAGACUGGCCAGAAAGUUACAGAUGACAUGUAUGCAGAACAGACGGAAAAUCCAGAGAAUCCACUGAGAUGUCCUAUCAAGCUCUACGAUUUCUACCUCUUUAAAUGCCCCCAGAGUGUGAAAGGCCGGAAUGACACCUUUUACCUGACGCCCGAGCCGGUGGUGGCCCCCAACAGCCCAAUCUGGUACUCAGUCCAGCCUAUCAGCAGAGAGCAGAUGGGACAGAUGCUGACUCGGAUCCUGGUGAUAAGAGAAAUUCAGGAGGCCAUUGCGGUGGCCACCGCAAGCACCAUGCACUGAGAUCCCUCAGCCAUGGUGCAAGGGAGACCAUCCAGGAAAAAACGGACACUUUCACACUAAAGAAGAGGCCUCCAUUUUUUUCUUUUCUUUUUUUAUUGGUGUAGUUAUGAACCCUUUCAGACUGCUUCUAUUUCAAAUGUAAAAGGAAACUUUGCCCCCUGUGCAUCUUCAUAAAUCUGCUGUGGCAGACUUCUCAGCCCAUGGGGGGCUCUGGGUUUCCUGAGAGCCAGAUGUCCUAGACAGUUGCUGGCUGACUUUUUUUGUGUGGGGCCUGAGGAAAGGGCUUGGACUGUUAGGAGAAAUGUCGCCCCUUCCCUUCCUCCAGAAAGAUGGAAUUAAUGAUGGAUGGACCCUCCAGGGAAUCUCCCCAGCUGGCUUCCACUCUGACUGGCAGACUUUGCUGACCACAGGGGAGCCAUGGUCUUUUCUUUCUUCAUGCUCAGACAUAAACCUAGCAUCUUAAUGGAAGGAAAAUGAGGGGAACUUCAAUUAUGAUUUAUUAAAGACAAUUUCUAUUACA